GUUUGUCGGAAGCCAGACAAGAUGAUCCUGAAGUUCUUCUAUCUUUAAACUGUUCCUAGGAGAGGUGUUUAAAUUAGCCAUGGGCAGCUGGGCAGGAUCCGGUCCCAGGAAAUCUGUUUUGUAAGUAGCAGAAGGAACAUUGCUGAGUCUGUGCUGCGUGCAGAGCCAGGAUGGGUCUAGAUCAGCUCCGUACCACUCCUGGCCUGAACACCAACCUGUGAAUAAACAUAGCACCAAAUGCACGAGACGAGGCCAUUGCUGAGCAAACUUGCCCUGAAGUAGUCAAGCUGCUCCCAAGUGGAAGGCAGGUCCUGCAGGAAGAACUGGGUUCCUUUAUUAGCCUGAGAUCUCUUUCCCACUCUGCCUGCCUGCCAUAGGGAAACAACUGGAAUGAUCUGCUCCAACUUACUAGAAAUUUAAUGCUUAUUGUUUUGUUUAGAGCAUCAGAGAUUUUCCCUUGGUUAGGGACAAAUUCUGCUCUUGUUUACACUCCAAAUUUUCUUUCACAUCAGAACAUUCAGGCUCUUGAUUAUUUCUGCUCUGUACAAUGUGCACAGUACAAGAUAAUGGAGAGUCGGGCCCACCAGGGCAACAGUUUAGCAGUGUAAUUCUGGUGGCCUUGUCCUAAGGAGCAUAGCCAAUGCCUAGAAUCAGGAUGAUGGCAGAAAAAUGUCUGUGAAUAUAUGAUGGGCUGACAAGACAAGAUUCUGCCUAAAUGUAAUUUUGCCCCUUGGACUUAUCUGUUCAAGUAUUUCUGUAAUGCAGCUUCUGAAUAAAGGAUGCGGUCAGUCUUUCUCAGGAACUGCAAGCUGCACUCGGCGAGAGCUGCCGACUCACUUGAGAAUCAAAAGAGCAGCUCCUCGGAGCAUUGUCUGUCCCAGUUGGUCAUCCAUCCUGUGAAUCUAAAUAGUUUUUUUUGUUGUAGACAGUGAAACACUGUUACAUUUUACUCCUGUAACAAUCAUGAGAGGAUGCCAGUGCCUGAAGGAUCUUUCUUCUUGGCUCAGCUAUUGACACCAGUGUGGUCGCUGGAGGUCCAUUUCUUUCUGCAGCUCCUCCACUGCUAGUUAGGAAUACGUUUGUGUCACUGCUUCAAGGGUCAGCACACCGCAAAGUGGUAGGUUUCACCAUUCUGCCAAAUAGAGUCUGAUGAGACGGGAAAUCAAAGGCCACCAUGCCCAGGGAGUGCAGUACAAACCAGUAACAUCUUCUUCCAGACUGAAAUGCAUUUUGAGUUACUACUUUGGAAUUGAGACUUUGUUAUGUUUCUGUUGCACUGAGCAUUUGGGUCCAGAAUUAGAGUUAUCCAUACUGUCAGCAUCUCUCCCAGCAAACAUGUUCUUGCAAGCAGUGUCAGCUCCCUCUUCUUGGAAGACUUGCUCAAUGAAGCCUCAUGUUCUGGUGACACACGGCAAACUCGCAGGAAGGCCUCAUGUGGGAGGUGUCCCUGGGAUGAGCCUGACCCUUAUCUUGCCAGCCAGCUGCAAGGGGAUUAUCUGGGACCUCAGCUAUGCAGCUACAAAUGCUCUUGCACUAACUGGACUGCCUUAAGACCUUCCACUUGUGUUGUAAAGCCAGCAAGAAAGCGAGGAUUGAACUACCCUGAGCUCUCGCAUCUCCUAUGAAGGACACCAAAUUCAUCCAACUUUAGAAACUCAUCCUCAGAACAAACAAACAAAAGACCUAGGUUGUGGUGUCAGUUAUAGUGUGUGUGGUGUCCACUUGCCUGGUCUCCACCUCAUUCAUCUCUCUAGGGGAUUGGUUGCAGGCGAAGAUGAACAGUGGAAUUCUCCUCUUGCCUCUCCUUGGCUUCCUGCCACUCGUGAUACCCAUGUGCCCUGCGCCAUGCACGUGUGCCACCAACAUUAUCGACUGCACAUCAAAAGGCCUAACUGUAGCAGAACUACCAGCUGCUUUCCGCCCUUCAGCUGAAAUUAUCCAGCUUGGUUACAACAGGCUCACCUCUAUUCCCAGUGGGCUCUUUGACAACCUGAAGAGCCUCCAGGUAGUCUACCUACAGGGCAACCCUUGGGAAUGCAGCUGUGACAUCCUCUACUUGCGCUCCUGGCUCCAGUGGCAGCAGAACCGUACCUUAUACAAGGAUGUGAGAUGCACCUCCCCAGCUCACCUGCAGGACCGGAUCAUUGCCUAUCUGGCAGAAGAUGAGAUCGUUUCCACAUGCCAGUACUGGUACUGCAGCCUGGCUCUCCUCUCUCAGCUCUGUCUCUUCAUCCUCCUUUUCCUCCAGGGUAUCUUGGUUAUCUUCAUCAUAGUCUACUUGCAGAAAUUUCGGAGAAUGACUGCUGAAGCCCGGCGCACCACCCAAGAUCUACACUAACAGGUAGACACCUGUGUGUCUUCUUCAAGAAGCACCUACAACGCUGGUUAACAUCACCAGACCAAAGACCCUCCCUCCUGCUUGGGUGAUGCUGUGCCAAGGUCAUCUGGUUUGUGAUGUCCAGAGGGGACAAUUCAGUGCAGUAUCUGAUCUUGACUGCAUUGUGGAGCAGGACUUGAACUGGUCAGACACUUGCUGUAUUUCCAAAGACCUGACCUUGUGGUUUUUAAUGCUUUGAACUCUUUAGCAUGAUCUUGAUUGCUUUGCUGAGCUGGGAGUUGUUCUGGCUUGGUAGUUUUAAGGAAAUCAUGAACUACAGUAACCAGAACUGACUCAAACUGCUCAUCAGCUUGUAGGAGCUAUGGUGUCUCAUCCUUCCUCUGCUAUAGUAUUUAAGCCAUGCUUUCUGUGACGCUUCUGGUUGCAUUGGGUCAGGUAAGGACAGAAAUGGACAGAGAACAGGUGAGGUACUGGACUAGGGCAAUGGAGAAAUACAGUUUCCUUGGUGCUACCACAGGUUGCCUUAGUGACUUUGGACAAGUUACUUAGUCGUCUUCUGCCUGAGUUUUCCAUCAGUAAAGGAAAAGGAAGUUUCUUCCCUCUGGAUGCGUUUUUUCCAGUGUUGUUCUUGGGGAGAGAAUGUUUAGAAGCCUGCCCCUUUACCCUGUCUUCAUUCCUUUUAAUCUACUUAUGGUUUUAAUACUGACUUCAACACAACCCGAGUCAGACUGGGGCCCUGAAUGCAUAUGAGAAGUUCACCCUGAAGCCAAGAGUUGUCAAGACCAAGGUGUCCUUCCAAUUGUGCUUGUAGGGUGCCUGUCACAAGAGAGCCACUUGUCUUUAGAGACUCAAACUGCAAACCCUCUGAUAUGCCUACUGCUGGUUACAAUGUCUCUUAAUUAAUUUUGGAAGGAAGUAAUAUUGAAAUAAAAGAAUGAUGCAGGAU